CUGAAACACACACACACACAAACACACACACACACACACACACACAGAAAGCGACGUUACCGACGCCGCCGCCGCCGCUGCUGCUGCUGCUGCUGCACGAGACCGUUACAGUACCGGAUCGAUCCAACGCCGCACGAGAGCAGAAUUAAUUCCGUGAGCUGGGAGCCGUGAAACCAUGGCAACGGAUUUUAGGUUGUUGCUGACAGUGUGACGCACCGACAUGUUACCGUUUUGUACAGGUCUUUCUGCUGCUGCUGCUGCUCCCUGGUGAAUCAUGUCUUCCUCCUCCUCCUCCUCCUCUUCUUCCUCUUCCUCCUCCUCCUCAGAGCUGCCCUACUUUUGUCCUCGCUGCGGUGACGAGUCUCGCUUCUCGUCCGUACCUGAGCUCCGCGCUCACCUGGUCAGCCGACACACCUACGAGACCCUGCUGGUGCUGUCGCAGGCUCGGGUUAGAAGCUCCAGACCUGGAUCCCUCCUCCCCCUCCCCGGUCCAGCUGUAUCCCAAAAACAGAGCUCUUCCCUGGACAUGGAACCUCACAGCCUCCCCCUGCCGCUGGCCUGCCUGGAUCUCGCCUCAUCGUCCGCCUCAGUCCAACUGCUCAGGGAAAUGUUCGGCCCUUCGGAUCGCACUCUUCUUGCCUCCGCAGGACAUCAAGAGGACCCUUCCACCGCUCUGGCCCUCCCCGGCUCUUUGGAGCCUUUUCCCGGGAAGAAACUGGGCGAGUUGGGGGUCCAGUUGGGCCUGGAGUUCGGGCUGUCGGUGGGGAUCGGGCUGGAGGAGAGGCUGGGGCUGGGGCUGGAUCGUAAAAUCGCCCGGACCUUCGCGGAGGUGGAGGAGAGGGUGAACCGCCGCAUGGGCCGACUGAGGGUGGAGCUACAGAGGAGGGAGGCGGAGCUAGAGCGGGAGAGGCGGGACGGGGAGCGACUGAGGAGAGAGAAACAUGAAGUGGAGGAGAGGGCGACGUUCCUGUUCAGACAGGUCUCUGCUGCCAUGGAGAUGAUGGAGCGGUUGAAGACAGAUCUGGAGGGAAAAGAGAAGAAGCUGAUUGAAAGACAACAGGAGAUGGUGGACAUCGAGCGUUUUCUGAGGGAGACGGCAGAGAAAGAGGCGGCAGCCAAAUCCAGACUGCAGGUGUUCAUCGAGACGUUGUUGGACCGCGCCGACCGUGCAGAGAGACAUUUACUGCUGCUCAGCUCUCACACGCAUCACAACCACUACACACACCAACACGACAAACACACACACCCAGACGUAUACGCUGACCCGUACGCACCCGUACCCGGCAGAGGAGGACGCAGUCUGGACGGCAGCACUGAUGACAUCAUCACAAACAAGAUGCAGGGAACGUUCAGCAACCGGAGGAGUUACAGUGUUUCAGGCUCCUACAGACUGGGAGAGCAGCUGUACAGUCACCAUAACUACAGCAGCCUGACAGGUCGGAUGAGGACCUUGUCUCUGGGUUCGGGGGGGUGGGACGGUGAGGGGGGGUUGGUCCAGCUCCACCCCCAUCACUCCGCUUCGCCAUGGUGUCGGCGAGAGAGAGGAGGAGGAGGAGACGGGAGGAGAGAGAGGCUGUGGGCCAGGGAGGGAGGAUGGGGGAGAACGUGGAGCAAAAGAGGCCGACGUCACUACAGCACCGAGGAAGAGGAAGAGGAGGAGGAGGAAGACGAAGAGGAGGAAGAGGAGGGUUUAUGGAGCAGCACUGAGAUGGGGAGGCUCGUCUUCGCCAGGACGCACACACCUGGAUCAGACAUCCUCUCCUCCCUCAACUCCACCCCCUCCCGUCGUCACGGCGACCGACAGCUGGGGGCGGACACCUUGAGGCUGAGGGCGGGGCUUUUCUGCGUCUUCCCAUAUUUGGACGUGCGCUCGUUGCUGCGUGCGGCCGAGGUGUGCUCUGAUUGGCGGUUUGUUGCCCGUCACCCGGCGGUUUGGACGCGCCUGCGGCUGGAGAACGCCAGAGUGUCAUCGGAGUUCCUGACCACCCUGUCUCAGUGGUGUACUCAAACUCAGUCGGUGGUUCUCGACAACCUGAAGCCUCGAAGCCGACAAGCUGACGAGACGCGAGAGGAUUACCACAGGAACACACGAGGCAGCGUGGAGCCGGGGGUGGAGGCGCUGCUGCGGUCAGCAGGCGGGAGUCUGCUCCACCUGUCCGUCACUCAGUGUCCUCACAUCCUCACUGACCGGACCAUGUGGCUCGCCAGCUGCUACUGCAGGAACCUGAACACACUCACAUACAGGAGUUCUUCGGAUCCUCUUGGUCAUGAGGUUCUCUGGGCCCUGGGUGCAGGCUGCAGGAGCAUCAACAGCCUGCAUGUGGCGCCAGCUCACCCCUGCCAACAGCCAACUCGUUUUGGCAACCGUUGCCUGCAGACGAUUGGCCGAUGCUGGCCACACCUCCGCUCGCUCAGUGUGGGCGGGGCCGGCUGUGGAACUCAGGGAUUGGCUGCUGUUGUGCGUAGCUGUGCUCACCUCCAGGUGUUGGAGUUGGAGCGUAUUACCGACCUCGGCCUGCAGGCGGCGACAGAGCUGUGUAAAGUGGGAUUAGAGAGUCUGGAAACACUGAUCCUGACACACACACCUGUCAGCGGACAGGCUAUCCUGCACUUCCACAGUGUGUGUGAUAACAUCAGGUCCAUAGUGGUCGAGGUCUCAGUGGCCGAUUACUUUGAGGAGCCCGACACUCAGGAAGCUCAACACCUGUUUGGAGAAAUUGUCAGCACACUAAAGGUUCUCCAGAAGCGUCCUGGACUGUGUGAUGUCCUGCAGGUUAAAGCUGACGGAUUCUGCUGACCUCAACACACAACCUUUAACCCCUAAACUGAAAUUGAAUUCUAAGUCUAACUUUAAAGCUAAAGCCAAGUGUGAACCCUUAAACAGCUCUUUGAAGAUGCGAGGACCAGACAAAAUGUCCCUCCUACCAAGGUCUAAACUCAAAUUGGUCCUCAUAAAGAUGGGAAUAAAAUGUUUACUAUCCGCUUAUGAUAACCUGCCGUGAUCCACCAACCCCCAAAACUCAGACAUUUCAGUCACUCAGCAGUUUAUAAAAUUCUUUGCAGGAAAAGUGUAGAAAAUAUUAAGUCACCAGAUGGUCGGCAGCUUUCUUAGUCGCUCUGUGUCAGAAACGUCUGAGUUAUGAGAGCUGGACAUCCAGGAACAUAGUAACCUGUAUGAACCCCUGAACCAAACCAACACUUCAUCAAUUUAUGACACUUAAAUGUUUCACAAAGCCCCUUGCACUGUUCAAAAGGAUCUUCCUUAACACCACCCUUUGCCUGAAUUGUUUAAUACAAUUCCUUUAUUCCACUUUUAUUAUCAUGUUUUUACUCAAUUUUUUGACAAAACCUGAACCUUUAUAAGCCCUUAAUCUCUGCUAAUAAAUCCAAUUUUAACCUUAAACCAAUUUGUUGUUUAACAGAAUUAAAUUCUCUUAAACACAGCUUUACUAAACCUUAAAAUAACCCUUAAUUCUCCCUUAACAAAACCUUCCUCGUAGCUUUACUUUUACUAAUUGACCCUUCACACAUUAACAAAAAUUAUAGCUAAAAGGGUUUUGGGUAAAUCCUUACUCUACCUUUUUAAAAAACAAUAAUUCUUGUAGAAAGAGUUGUAGAAACCCUUUGUUCUUACUUUAAAUUUGAAUAAAACCUUAAUUCUUUAGCUUUACCUUUAAAAUAAGCACAAACGCACACACACGUAUGCACAUAUUUGCACAAGCAGACACACUGACUCAUACACCAAAGACAUCAAUCAGUCUAUCAAUCAAUCAAUCAGAGUUGCAGAUGUGUUGGAGUUCAUGUCCUCAUAGAACCUACAGGUGCUACAUGUGUCAUUUUACCAUCAAUAAAUCAUUUUCUCAUCA